UUUAAAUACCUCUCAAUUUUUUCCUUUUAAUUUAUACGUUCAACAUUCGCCGGAAAAAAAAAUGUUUAAAAAUCGAAAAUCUACGUUGCUAGUGAAGAAAUCGUCCGAUCUGACGACGAUUCGCGAAACGGUCAGUGAUGCCACCGCAUCGCCCAGUCAGAAAGUACGUCGGCUGGAAAGUGGCGCCGAACCAACGGAAACGGACGACCCAUUCGGAAGCAGUCAGUUCUCCGUUCCGGCCAGUCAGAUGAACAGCCAGAGGAGGUACCUAUCUCAGCGAAGCAAUCUGCAAAAAUCGCAAAGUGCCCGAACGUCCCGCCGGAUACCGACCAACUACUUCGAGAGUGUGCUGCUCAAAUGUCAGCUGGGCCUAGACGAUCCGACGUCGAUAGUGCUCAAGUGUGAACCGAUAACGUUCGUGAGGACGCUGAGAAGUAUGCUGCAAGGAAGUCCAGAUUAUCCGAGAAAUGUGAAGGAUUUUCUGCAUGGGGUGGAGCAGGUGAGUAAGACCCGGGAUGGAUUCCGGAAGAUGCUCGAGUGUUGUCAGAUGCAGAACCAGACGAGUGGGGAAUUGAAACUGAUCCAGGAGAGUGUGGUGAAGAUGUUGCUUUGUGUGGAAUUUAUGCAAGAGGAUCUGAUCAGGUUGUUGUUUGAGUAUGUGGAACGAGUGGCCGAGGAGGAGGUCGGAGUGAAUAUGAUUAGAUUGGUGCUGUCGCAGAUUAAGUUCAUUGACCACACGGUACAUGGAACGUUAGUUUUCAACAAAUAUUUCGAGGUUUUGGAACGGUCUAAAAACGUGCAACUGCUGAGAGAAGCUGUCGGAUCACUGGAGGAUGUGAUUGAUGUGGCCAAACAGGAUAUGGCUUUUCGUAAGCUUAUGGAGCUGUUUCCAAGGGUGAGAGAUUUGUUCACUGUGAUGAAUGUAACUGUGUUCUGCGAGAUGAGCUUGAGUGGUUCGACGUUGAGACUGACUCGGCAAAAGAUGGUUGAAUUCGUGGAAAGCGGAUGCCCAGUGGAAAUCUACCCGGUGCUGGUGAGAUUUAUGUUAAAGUUCAACAGUAGCGAGAUUGAUGGACUGCAUGAGAAUAUCCAGGAGAUCCGACAGGUCGUGGAUGGACUUGUUCGGCUUUCUUCCGGUGAAAAGUACCUGCGUGAAUGUUUCCAGAUCAUCUAUCAAGCCUUAACGGUUUCGGCCGUUCUCUACGAAGCGUGGAUUAAGUUUUGCCGCCUUCUGAUGGACGAAGAAUCGCACAUGGCCUUUGACCUAUUGGUGCUGGUCAUGAUGCUAACAGUAAACGAAAUUAAAAGUGGAACCAUCGAGAAAAUCCUGCUAAACAAAAUCAAAAAGCGUCAUUUGUCCAUUUCGCACAUGAAAGAGCUGACCAAGCAGUUUGGUUGCGUUUUGACGGUUCAUAUGGAUUGUGUACUGGAUUUUGUUGAAUCCUGUCUCAAAGAAAGACACACGGAAGUGUGCGAGUUCGGGGUCCUUUCGAUGAGCUAUCUCUUCUCGGCGAACAACAUGAACAAUCGACUGGUGCUGAAUAAGCUGGUGGGAUUCAUGAGCGAGAUGGCAUUGAUUAAUGAAGGACACCGCAAUGACCACCUGAUCUCAAUAUGUAUGAAUGCUCUGUCAAGCAUCUACAAUAGCUACCCCAAUGACAUCCGAAACAAUGCGCACAUCCUGUUGAAAAUCAUGGACAUCUCAAUGGAUUUGAAUCUGCAGCAAUAUCGCACGGUUGUUAGUCUAAUCUGUGAGGCCAUUCAUGUUCCUGAUAGACCCAUAGGCGAUAACGAAACAUGGGAUAGUCUCAACAUUGUCAUCAAGAAACAGCUGCUGAGUACCAGCAAGGAUGUCAAAAAGAAAGGCAUCAUCGGUGUGGUACGAUUGAUUCGACAUCUGCUCAUAACCUGUACCGGAAAUGAUGAACUACCGUGCAGUUUCGAUUCCGAAAAGACUAUCGAUACGGUCAGCGGUAUUCCCACUAUUUCUGGAAGAGAGAUUGGCAAUAUGAUCAACCUACUUUUCACCUCGUCUAAUGAGUCCACGGAUGUUCUUGCCCUCUGCUAUGACGAACUGGCAGAAAUGCUCCAAGAUUUCGAACGCAACGUCGGCAAACCGGAGAAGGCCUUUACCAUCUGGUUGUGUGAUGUUCUAACAAACGAAUUCCAGAACUUCUUCAUCAUUGAAGAGGUUCCGCAAGGUGAUGUGGUUCAAUUUACCAAAAAACUCUGCAUCAAUGAUACAGCUGACGUGGAGAAUACGAACGCGGAAGCCUACGCAAUUUCGGUCAACAUUGCUGAGAACAUGCUGGCCUACAACAGUCGAUAUUCCUCGAUGUGCUUCUUUCUGGCGAUGUUCAAACUGAUGAAGGCAUUGCAAAUGAUUCGCUACGAUGGAAACCUGGAGUCAAUCAACGCCCUCCUAGGAUGCGCCAUCGUAGUUCCAUCCUUCUACGAUGAACCCGACGAAAAACAUCUGGUUGAAACAUUUGAAGAAGACGUGUGUCGACAAUUGCUGGAUGCCUACUUCUACAUCGCCAACUGGUUCCGAGAGCUGAUCAACGCCUUUAUUCACCAAACCGAUCCCUUGUUACAUCGAAAAGUUCUUCAAAGGCUAUCAGCUCUAGUUCAACUGGAACGUCGUCUAGCUGCGAUGCUGCGAACCGUCGACUUCGAUUACUAUCCACCGAUUUGCGAUUUCUCUGCCGGUACUCAAUCAAUGUCCUCGAGAGCCGCCAAAGAGUCAUCGUCCAAGCAGAACAUAACGCUUAAUGCUACGAAAACCCAACUGGAUACCACUGUCAAGCCUCGAUCUUCAAUCUCAUCAGAAUUCGAUGGCGAAACUUUGUUUUCUCGCCAUCGCCACGGAUUCAGAACCAUGGACAAUCAAGUCAUCCAACUUUUCCGUGAGGCAGUCCUGCUUUGUCAUGACCUACCGGAAAAUAAGGUCGGUGAAUGUCUGGGUCUAACAGAAUACCGAUUCCUGCUGGAAACCUUCACGAUCGAAGUCGAAUCCAAAGCUGAUCCCCGAGCGAAACAACACCUGGACAUCAAACUCAACGAUCUAAUAACAGCCCUUCCAUUUGCCGUCGAUAAUUAUAUCACAAUCAAGGCAAAACGAAAGGAACUUCACGUUUCUACGGUUCCGGACAGUCAAACUGAAUACAAAGCAUUGACUUGUUGUUCAAACCUGUCGCUCCGCUUGUUUACCGGCAUUCUUCUCCUACUGAAAGCUACGCCAAACGACCUCCGGGAUAACGCUCUAAAAGCAUUCGUGAAACUUGCUAUCUCGGAUGCACCGGAUAAAGAUGCUGCCGAACGAAUCUUAACUUCAGAAUUGACCCACAAGAACGCCUUCAAAGAUCUUCACAACGCGCACUGUCUCUUCAAAUUUGGCUUGGCCCUAAACAGCGUUUUCCCUGCUCCGAACAACCCAUCCAUCAUCGCCGCAUUCUGUCAGAAGUUCAUCUGCUCCCACUUCACCCCGAAAACCGGCACGGUUACACAACUAUCUCAGCUUCUCCAGGGACUAUUUACCGUCGUAGACUUUUCGAAAAUCAAACGCCUCACCAAAGCCCUUGCCGAUGACCUGACUUCGUCCAAGACUGAUGAAAAACUUUUCUCCGGUCUUCAACGCACCCACUAUUCGUUACUAUUCAAAGAACUGACCAAGUCCUUUAUCAAAUGCAUCCAAACGGAACUUCGGACCCGCCGCACAACCAUCCAAAAGUUCGUCCUGUGGGAACAAUCAUCGGAAAUCCUCAAACAAUUCUCCGAAGUCGCAAAACAAGCCGACAACCUUAAAAUCUACUCCUACUACAUGAAGUACUCCCACACCUACCUGAAGUUAUUCCAGCAAAGUGGCCUUAAAACCUUGGAAGAUGUCCUCAAGGUCUCAGCCGAUCGGGUUAGUCAUCUGCUGAGCAGUCUGCAACAUGGUACUCGCUAUCUGCACAACAUCUGCUGUCACACGAAAAACAUCAAGGACAACAGUCUGGCAGCGCAGAUUCCGUUCAUCCGGGAAACGGUGGAGACACUGAUCUAUAGCGUCAAGGCCUUACUGGCGGCGAACGAUUGCGCUUCGGUGUUCUGGAUGGGAAACCUGAAGAAUAAGGACCUGAAGGGAGACCUGAUUAUUUCGCAGAACGAUGAAGCGGAGAAUGACCUGGAGCAGGAAAGCGAAGAGUCUGACAUUGAAGAUUUUCUCAGUGACGAUCAAGAAGAUAAUCGACCGGCUGCUGCAGCAGCUUUGGGCAAGUCAGGCUCUGGAGCCAAGUCAUCGCAGAGUAAAUGUUUCUGAGGGUGGCGUGGUGAGUAAAUAGAUGAAAAAGACUACCAACGGAAACCCUGUUAUGCACAAUCAUAUAUUUUUAAACAUUGUUUAGUUAUUAUGCC